AUGAUUAAAGACAACAAGCUAACCAUUGAAAACAUUAAUUACGAGUUAAUAAAUCAAGUGAAUGUAGAAAAUGAAGCAAAUAAAAUUUACGAAAUAAAGAAAUAUGCAGACAAAACUGAGAGCUACUUAAACUCGGAUGUAGCAUUUGAAAAACCAGCCUAUGGGAUAAAAAAUUUUAUGAACAACAGCCAUUCGGUUGAUUCCUUGGAGAAGGGUGAAAUGAGACCAAAGAAUGUUCCCUUACAGAAACAAAGUGUUAAUUAUUUAAAUAAAGCUAAUGAAGAGACCUUUGACGAAAUAAAUCAGCGGGGCUCUAGGAGUAGUGGCGCCAGCUUCCAUGCAGAUAUAAACGAUGACAUUGUGACGUAUGUCAAUAAAACAAGAAAGGACAUGGAUUCCAGUAAGGAUUAUAAGAUUGGCACGUGUAACAAUUUAUCCGGUGUGCACAUCCUAAAUGAUGCGCACAUACACGAAAGGGAAGGCGUCUGUGGCGAGGCCCCCUCCAGCAAAGUCAAGUUAGCCACCCUAAACAUCAAUUCGGGUGCCGACAGUGCUCAGAAUGCUGCUUCCAGUAUAAUCCAGAAGUGCAACCGCGAAGGAAGUCUCGAUGGGCGUAACGACGGGAAUCGCUCUAUCAGCUCCGACCGAUCGAAUAGGCACUCUGUCGAAAGUAUAAACAAUCUAAUCGACCCUAUUGCGGGUAAAAGGAUCAUCACACCUGGAGGAGCUAAAUCAUCAAGUAUCCAUGCCCACAAUGAGAACACGCCCCCCGCCAUGACUGAACAGAUAUUUCAACAAAGAAAAAGUGAAAACCCCAUGCUGAACAUCACCAAUACUCAUAAGAACGUUAACGUCGACCCUACGCGUACCAAAGAAGAGGCACCAAAGGGAAACCAAGACGUAACUCCAAAAGGGAACAAAUUAGAGAUUUUUAAAAAUUAUUCACACUACGAAAUUAUGAAUGUUUUGUGCAGUAACUGGAAUAGGGAAAUAUCUUCAGAGUCUUCUCCAUACCCGGGUGGUGUACCCCAAAGUGAGGAAAAAAUGAACGAUGAGAAAAAUCCAAAUGAAGAGAACGACUCAGCUAAGGUAAAGGUAUCAACGGAUGAUGAUCUGUGCCAUCCCUCAAUUUACCAUUUCCAAAUAGCUACCCAUUCAGAAAAUCCCAACAGCUCAACCAAAAGAAGGGAAGAAAUUCUACAGCUACUUCUGCACAACAUAGAAACAAAAAACAUAGAUGACAUAGCUAAAAAUUUAUCAUUUUUGAAAAGAAUGCAACAAUAUUUUUAUCAGAAAUAUAUUAAUAUAAAAUUCCCAAAUGACUCCAAUGACUACCACUAUUAUAUACACCUGGAUUGGUUUAACAAAUUGAAGGCCUUUAUCUUCACUCCAAAUGGGAAAUUCCCAGGCUGCAUCACAAACUAUAAAUUAUAUAACGACGAGAAGUCAGCCAAGGAGUCAGCCAGCGAGUCGAUCAGUCCCUAUAUGCUGAACAAAAAAGACAUGAAAAGUAAUUUGAAGGAAGGGAAAGAUUAUAUAUGCACCAAUCAGUACAUGUGGCGAUUUUUACACUUCCUAUUCAGAGGCGGGCCCUGUAUUAAACGAAAUAGCAACAAUAUAUAUGACCAUUAUGUGCCCAUUUCAAAUUCUGAUCUUAUGAAUAAAAAUAUUAUCUAUUUGAUGGAGCCGAAAUACGUGGAUAAUUUAUUUUCCACUUUCAACUAUUCGAACGAGGAGCUGUGGAGCGGGACUACCCAUUCGAGAAACAGUUUAGAGGAAGCGCAUAAGUCGCUUGCGGGUGGAGUGUCACCAAGUGCUCUUUCCUCUCCGUGUUCCACGAUCACUGCUCAGACCGCUUCCGCCAGCGAAGCGGCUAGAGAGCAUCGCACCAAAAAGUGCGCACACAACUAUUACGAGUUCUUGCACUUUUACGGGCUCAAGGAAAAGGAAUAUAACUCUUGCUUUUUUCUCGAGUAUGAUCAAUCCCAUCCCAGAAGUAUGAACAAAAUCAUCGAUUUGAAAAGUAAACAUUCGUAUGAAAGUUUGUACUCAUUUUACUCAAAUGACACCUUCAGCGACAGUGACAUUGUACACAAUGCCCAUGGCGCCAGUAGAAAAAAUGACCUCAGUGAAUUAUCCAAAAAGGAGACCCCUUCAGAGAAGGAAAAAAAUGGUAGUAAUUCCAGUGCGACUUCUGGUCCGAAUCAGACGGAGGCCACAUCUCUGGAAAACAUCGACAUGGGCCGCGGCGUGUUGUCGCCUACACACCUCUCAAGGAGCAUGAGUGAAAACGUAAAGAACGACUCUCUGGGUAAUAACGGCGGUAGUAGUAAUGGAAACGGCUGUAGUAGCAACGGAAACGACGGCAUUAGUAACGGAAACGGUGGCAGUAGUAAUGGAAACGGUGGCACUAGUAACGGAAAUGGCGGCAACAACAACGGCAACAGUAAUAACAGUAAUAAUAACAGCAAUAAUAGUAAUAAUAACAAAAACAACAAUAAUAAUAAUAACAAUAACACUGAUAACAAUAAUAAUAAUCAAAAAAACGCGCAGGAGGACGACCCGCAGGAGGACCCAAAGAAGCGCCAAGAGGAAAACCAGGAAAAUGCGAAGGAAGCGACCCCCAGCAGAGGUGUGAAGAAAGAGAAGCAGUCCGCCAACGCCACCUUCUCCUUCGGCCCCAAGGCGAUCAUCACCACUCCCAACAUUUUAAGCGGCAACUCUACCUACAAAAAAAGCAACGCAAGUAAAGACAGCACUAAUAAAAGUGGAAACCAAACUGAUAAUCGGCCUAACAGUUCUAGCAAAGUGCUUUUAAAUCCGCCUCCAAAAAAGAACUCCUUAGAUUACCAUUCGUCAAACGGAAACGAAAUUUACAAGUCCUGCGAAGAGUACAAUGCUGACAAUGGCGAGGAGGCAUCCAGCAAUGGCUACUUAACAACCACCGAGACGGAAUCGAAGGGAACAACGGACAACAGCGUUAAAAGUGCAACCAGUUCACUGAAAGAUAAAGAUGAGCUAGAAAAGGAUGACCACAAAAUGAAGAAACAGGAGGAUGCAGAAAAGGGAACCAUUUGUAAAGAUGAAAAUAAACAGAGGAUGGGCAACAGUUGUAGUGAUACCAGUAAUGGCAGUAGCAACAGCAGCGACAGGAACAGUGCCAGUGGUGCUAUCCCAAAAAAGGCCUCCACGAAAAAGAAGGAUGCCACUGCCCAUGAUAAAAGGGAUAAAAGGAAAGAAGAAUACGAAAAGAAUUUUAAUACAAACAAAAAGCCAAUCGGUGCUGGUGGCAACAAGCUCCUAAACAGGUUAAAUAGUACGUUAAACACCGCCAAUUUAAUGGUAAAAGCCCGUAGUAGCUAUUCCAGCAGCAGCUAUCGUGGAAGUAGCAGCGGGAGUAGCAUCGAAAGUAGCAAUGACAACAGCAGCAACGGUAGCAGCAAUUUUAGCAUUCGAAAUUAUGACGUUUCGAAUCGGAGUAUGUACAAGGAUAACGAACGAAUGGAGAAUAUGAUGGUACCCAGUAACCCCAAGAGAGAAAGUGAAUUCAACAAUAACAGCAUUAGCAUCAUAACCACGAAAGAACACCCAGCAGGACUUAUUAACUACUCUGCGACGUGUUACAUCAACGUAGUUCUGCAGUGUUUAUCCAUUAACCUCAAAUUAAUAUAUACCCUACAAAAUUACGUAACUGUGAAAUAUAAAAGUAUGAACUUUUCUAGUGAAGACACAGACAAUAUGAACUCAUCAUUUAUAAACAAAAAUUUCUUCACCAAUACUAUCCCAUUUAACCUCUUUGGAAAUAAUAAUAAAAAAAAAGAUGAAUGUCUCUUGCUAGCUUUAUCACAUAAAUUAUUUCAACUAAGUAAAAUGCACAAUAAGGGAAAAUCUCUCAAUGUUAGUAAGUUCCUAAAUUUACUAAAUGAUAAAUAUCCGUACCUCUUUGAAUAUAAUGAACAACAGGAUUGCCAUGAAUUUCUUCUUCUCGUUUUUGAUUUUAUUCACAAUAUGAUGAAGGUCGUUGACGAAACCGUUGACAAAGAUAACAAAAUUGAUUACUGCUUGAAGAAAGAACAGUCCAUUAUCUCAGAUUUAUUUUUAGGUUUAAUUGAAGAGAAAAUUACGUGUUCUCAAUGUAGCUAUGUAAACUAUGUGUACCAGCCUGUGUACAACUUAAGUGUUAAUGUCUUCAAAAAAAAUGCAGAAAAUAAUUUAAAUGAUAAUUUGGUGGAAUACUUUAAAAAAGAGGAAGUAAAUUCUACAUGCGAAAAAUGUAAAUGCAAAAAGAUGUUUAAACAUUCCUGUGUGUAUAAGCAGCCGAAUAUUCUUAUCGUUCAUUUAAUUCGUUUCCUGGAGGAUGGGUCCAAAAUCGACAACCCCAUAAAAUUCGACGUGAACGACUUUACCGUACAAAACGUUUUGAAGAAAAAGAAUGGGCAGUACAUUGAGAACCCGAAGAAGUACAGCUUAUAUGGCGUUAUAGUUCAUCGCGGGUUGAACUCCAACUACGGCCAUUACAUCUGCUACACCAAGAGGAGACAUUCCAAUGGCGCCACCGUGUGGUACAAGUUCGAUGACAGCAUAGUGACCGUCGUGGAUGUUUCGGAAGUGGAGUCUGCCAAAGCCUAUUGUCUGUUCUACGAAGCCGUUAAUUAA